AUGUCAGUGCAGUCCAUUGCAUACCCGUACCGCGGGGGCGCCAACACUUGUGGCUACUGCUCUCCUCCGGGCCAACGUUCUGAGGAAGAAACCUCAUACCAAAUGGCCUCGCUCCAUGCUAUCAGGCUGUCCUCUGGGACUCGACGCUCUUCAAUUCAAACCAGGUCGAAGUCAGAGGAAGCUCUUGCACAGGUCUACGAUUUCACGGCUCCAGGGAAGUCCGUUGAACUGACAUCAUCAUAUGUCGUCCGCAGAUGGAACCGGUAUAUCCUCCAUGGCCAAGGGGAAGCAGAUGCCAUGGACGUUGAAGUAAAGCGUGCAAAGGGAAAGGACAACGCUGCGUUUGAUAUGCUCAAGGUUAUUCACGCCGCUGAGCAUGAUUUCCUGGACAGCGCUUCACAAUCACCGAAGCACAAAUUUGAGGUGGUAUUGGAACCCUCUAGUUAUACCGAGGAAAAGUUCGACCUUUACUGCAAGUACCAGAGAGACAUCCACAACGACAAAGAUAACACGAUUAGAGGAUUCAAGAGGUUCUUAGUGGAAACGCCCCUGCAGGAGGAGCCGAUCCCUUAUCCGGCCGACCCCCCGUCUCAUCUUCCAAGGACUUACGGCUCCUACCAUCAACUUUAUCGGGUGGACGGGCGCCUAGUCGCACUAGCUAUUUUGGACAUCCUUCCUAACUGCGUCUCCAGCGUAUAUUUCAUGUAUGACAACUUGUGGGAACAUUUCUCGAUGGGAAAGCUCAGUGCUUUACGCGAGGCAUCGCUGGCGUAUGAGAUUCACAAAGCGGGUGUCCCGGAGAUGCAAUAUGUAUACAUGGGUUUCUACAUCCAUUCGUGCCAGAAGAUGCGGUACAAAGGCGACUACUCACCAUCCUUUCUCGCUGACCCGGAAACAUACCAAUGGUACCCGAUCGAACAUUGCAAGUCGCUCCUGGAGAAAAAUCGUUAUGCCUGCUUUUCCAAUCCUUCCCAUUGCAUCCAACGUGAAUGGAAUGGAGAGGACUUACCAGAGGAUGACAAUCCUGAAGACUCUCAGAUGGCGGAGAUCUAUAUCGUACAAAGAGGGUCGCGAGGACGCUUGGUCGCUGUGCCAUUGAUCACUUCGUCUGUAUGGACUAUUUCUGAGGUUAGGACAGACUUCUAUGCGUGUAUCCGAGGUCUAGGGUUGGAUUUGGCCGGGGAUAUAUUCUGGGCAUCGUAG